UCCAUUGGACGAGAAGUCUGAGCGGACGUACUCUCCCGCGACCGGCCAUUGGUGCCGACGUGACGCGGGGCGGGCGAGCCGAUUGGUGGCCGAUGCCGCUCGAGUCGGGGGUGAUUCGGGCGUUCGGCUCGGCACUCAGGAAGGGCGCUUAGUAGGAUUGCGUAAGCUGGUGGCGGUGGGGGCACUUUUUUUUUUUUUGCGAAGGAAGCGCAGCGCCCCCGUUGAGGAUGGAGUGCCCGAGUCGGUAUUCACAAAGGCGGCUUAGUGCGGCUGCGUAAGCGCGGGCGGCUCUUCUCCUCAGCAGCCCAUCGAGCCGCAGCGGCCCCCUCAGCGGACAAAGGAACUCGGCGGAGAGGAGGGGAAGCGAGCCGGAGGAGGAGGGGCCAGGCGCGACCUGCCGCUGCCGCCAUGGCCCUGGCCGCCCGCCCUCCGCACUGCAGCGCCCUCAGCCGUCCCGCCGAGCGCCGCUCGCCCGCCUGCGGGGCGCUAUGAGGAGGACCAGCCGCCGCCGGCCCGCUUCGUCCCUGCGCUGAGGAGGGAGAAAGAGCCGCCUCGAGGGAGCUGAAGGGAGAAAGCAGAACCUGAAGGGAGACGAACAGGCCGCCCCGCCCGCCUUUCUCCUCACGCGGAUUGCGCCGCCCGGGCCGGGCCCUCUUUCCCAGCCGGCGCCGCAUCUCCCUCCGCAGCUGUCAACUCGCCCCCUCCCGGGCCGCGGGUCCCUCCGCCGGGUGAAAUAGUCCGGAAGAAGGAAACGGGGGGGGCUCGCAGAGCCGCCUUUGCCUCCUGUGACUGACCCCCCCCUCACUCCCCAAGGAAGGAAAGGAGGAAGGAAGGCGCCCUUGCAUUGCCCCCCUCCCUGCAACAAAGGGGGCUGGGGUGGGUGGGUGGCUGGACUGGGCAUUGCUGGGUUGCAGCUGCUGGCCCUGAUGGGCAGGAGGAGCAGGACGGUGCCAGGCCUGCAGGCGUGUUGAGCGGGGAGGGGGACGAGCCUGGGGUGCCCCUGGGGCUGAAAGGGCCGGGGGGACUGGAUUUGCUGGGGCUGCGGCGGUUCCCCUGAAAGAGGCGACAAAAGGACGAGCGAGGCCAGCCCAGGAGGAAGAGGAGGAGGAGGAGGAAGAAGAGGCAGCCGACCUGGGGUGGGUGGCGGAGCCACGAGAGCCAGCAACCAUGUCGGGCCGGCCCAGAACCACCUCCUUUGCAGAGAGCUGCAAACCGGUGCAGCAGCCUUCCGCCUUUGGCAGCAUGAAAGUUAGCCGAGAUAAAGAUGGCAGUAAAGUGACCACCGUGGUAGCAACUCCUGGACAAGGUCCAGACAGGCCUCAAGAAGUUAGUUACACAGACACCAAGGUGAUUGGGAACGGAUCUUUUGGUGUUGUAUAUCAAGCCAAACUCUGUGAUUCGGGAGAGCUGGUUGCCAUUAAGAAAGUUCUGCAGGACAAGAGAUUUAAGAAUCGAGAGCUUCAAAUCAUGAGAAAGCUUGAUCACUGUAACAUUGUCAGAUUGCGUUAUUUCUUUUACUCCAGUGGAGAGAAGAAAGAUGAGGUAUAUCUUAAUUUGGUCCUGGACUACGUUCCUGAAACAGUAUACAGAGUUGCCAGGCAUUAUAGUCGGGCCAAGCAGACUCUCCCGAUGAUAUUUGUGAAGUUAUACAUGUAUCAGCUAUUCCGAAGUUUAGCCUAUAUCCAUUCCUUUGGAAUAUGCCAUCGGGAUAUAAAACCACAGAAUCUCUUGCUGGAUCCCGACACAGCUGUCCUAAAACUUUGUGAUUUUGGAAGUGCAAAACAGCUGGUCCGUGGGGAGCCUAACGUCUCUUACAUCUGCUCUCGGUACUAUAGGGCGCCAGAGUUGAUCUUUGGAGCCACUGAUUAUACCUCCAGUAUAGAUGUUUGGUCAGCAGGCUGCGUACUGGCGGAACUAUUAUUAGGACAACCAAUUUUCCCAGGUGACAGUGGUGUCGAUCAGCUGGUGGAAAUAAUCAAGGUCCUUGGAACCCCUACAAGAGAACAAAUUAGAGAAAUGAAUCCAAACUACACUGAAUUUAAAUUUCCUCAGAUUAAGGCACAUCCAUGGACUAAGGACUCGUCAGGAACAGGACAUUUCACCUCAGGAGUCCGGGUCUUCCGGCCCCGCACUCCACCAGAAGCAAUAGCGCUCUGUAGCCGCCUGCUUGAAUAUACUCCCACUGCACGUUUGACCCCUCUGGAAGCAUGCGCGCACUCUUUCUUCGAUGAAUUACGGGACCCAAACAUCAAACUACCGAGCGGGCGAGAGAAACCGGCGCUUUUUAACUUCACUACUCAAGAACUGUCCAGUAAUCCAGCUUUGGUUUCAACCCUCAUACCUGCUCACGCUCGGAAUCAAGCCGCUGCUUCCACCCCUACAAAUACUCCAGCAGCCUCAGAGACGCCUUCUUCCGUCUGGGGCUUUUGAGAAUUGGAUUCUGACGGGUCUGAAGCAGCAUGAAACAGCUUGACGCUAACGCAGGAGACCGAGGCCAGACCAACAACAUAGCUUCGGCAUCCGCCUCCAACUCCUCCUGAGCCCGUCGCGAGCGACAGCCUGUACAGAAGAGUCGCCAGUCGUUUGAGUCUCGCUCAGCAACACUGAUCACAUUUGGAAAGAAAAUUAAAAAGAGGAAAAAAAAAACACCAACCCCUGUUCAUUCUAGUGUUCGAUUUUUUUUUAUUAUUGUUGUUCUUAUUUAACCUUGUAAAAUACCUAUAAAUACAAACCGGUUCCAUCGUGUCCUCACUCUCUGCGGGCUCUUUGGGGCAGCGAGAUCGGUAGGGUGGGAAGAGGGAGGAGCGGAGCGAGAGACCGCGCUGGUGCAUCUUCCCAUGACAAUCUCUUUUGAUUUCGACAGUUGCUGUUUUAUCUGCAUUCAGAAUCAGGAAUCGUCUUUCGUGCCCCUCCCGCCACAAAACGACGCCCCAUUCUGCUGAAGUUCCUUUUUUAAAAGCCUUGUAUUUUUUUAGUGAAGUUUCAACUUUUGGUAUCGUGCACAACUUGAAUUUGGUCUGGAGCUUGAGCAGGACUUGCCGAUAUUGAAUAGUCUUCGAUCUGGGUUGGACGAAAGGAGAGGCAGGCAAGAGAGGUGCUAAAAAGAUGCUGGAUAGCCAAAGGGAACCGGGGUCGGUGGGGUGGGGUUUGCUGUCUGAAUAAUGCUUUUGGAACUGUUAAAAGAGCAGACCUUGAUCGUUAGUUCUGUUCUAGCGUGGGGGAAAUCCUGUCAAUAUGUAUGUUACAUAUAUGCACACAGACUAUUAGCUUGAACUUGAUACAUUUGUUCGCCUAACCUGGACAUUCGAGGAUCUACGAAGCACAUGAAGACGGUGGUCAGUUGCUUGCCUCCUUCCGCAGACAGGGGCAAGGUAUUCGUGAUCCCACUUUUCCCCACUGUGUGCCCCGUUUCCAAUUCUAAAGCUGGCUUCUUGGCCCAAGCAGCAAAUAGGCCCGGAUUAUCACAUAUUUCGUCAUGCGCUGUUUUCAGCGCAACUUGAAUUUUCAAACUGCAGCAUUAUUUUGCAGGUGACUUUAAGUACACCUUUCAGGAUGGGCUGCAGGGUGACCCUUUUUCCUUUGUAACCUUUAUUUAUUGAUCCUGUGGUUGAUGUUUUCCCAGUGGACACGAAUACGUCGACAAAUCAGCUUACUUGCGCCCGAUCACUUAAGCAAAGCUAUUAGUGUGUGUAUAUAUAUGCACAUAUACAUAUGCAUAUAUAUAUAUUAUAAAUAUAUACAUAGAUAACAGUGCUGCUUUUUAAUUUUUUUAAUCUAUAACUGGUCUGACUGAAGCUGAAAAUGCUUUCUUAGUGUCUUUGUCCUGGGUUAUUUUUAUAGCAGCAGUCAAGAGUCUUGUUUUUCUGAUUAAAGCAAUACUCCUCGGAAGGGGCUAGCGGAGUAGGGAGCAGGAACGUCAUUGCUGCAGUAACACGCGAGCUCUCGGGCCUCGCUUCUUCCUUGUAGAUUGGAGGGAAGUGUCCUCCUGGGCCAGGGGUUGCAGACCCCUAGCCUAGGCCUGACGUGAAUUCAAAUGAAAGUCAUCUGGUGCUCCUGGGAGUUGCAGUUGAUCAGCGGAUCUUCCGAGGCACAAUCAACUGUUAUGACCCAUGCACAUAUGUAAAUGCUGCCACCUGAGGAGUUCUGGACUCAGGGCCUCCUCUUGCGCCAAGACCGCCUCUUUGCCGUUGGUGGGAGGUGAGCGAGCCCCGCUAAGGUCCGAGCUGGUUAAAAGGCAGGGGAGCAGGUUGCCUGCCUAAAAAUCAGGGUCGGAGAGGAGUCGAUACUUACCUGUUCUUCUCCAACUACUGCAAGGGCCGUGAGUCUUUCAGUACAGAAGCAGGUCCUUCGGCUGUUCAGUGUGGUUACAAGAGAGCCUGUGGCAGAUGAGAGGCCAGGAAGGACGGAGAGCCGGCUGUCGUCAGAAACGAGCCCGUGCACGUCUUCCACGCUGAGUCCUUCACGAUCAGAGCUCAGGAGACCUCUGAAGAAGCCCGGCCGUGGUAGAGGGAAGGGUCCAUUUCUAAAGAACAGGCCUUGGGUUCAGAGCAACGGCUGCUGCCGGUUUUAGGACGAGAAAGUGGCGUCUUAGAAUGCGCAUCACUCUUUUUAGUUUGAAACUAGCAGGGGAGAAGAAUGAAAAGCUUUAAUUCUUUUUUUCAGUUUUAUUUUGUGUGUGUGUGUGUGUGUGUCCACGUGUGUAGAGACCGGGGUCCUGAUGGUUUUAUUUUCUUGAGGAUCAUGACGGGACUGCAAAAACAGUUUUAUACAAAUUUAGAUCCAGGUGUUUCAAUACCAUUUUUUGGUGUAAAUAAACUGACAAAGCUCCUCACCAAAUUCAAGUUUGUACAUUAGUUGUUGUUGUUGUUUUUUUUAAAAAAACAAAAUUGAGUUUUAUUGCUUUGUAUGUAAAUAUGUGGACCCAGGAACUGUUGUUAAUGAGCAAAAAGUUACCAUUCAGGGCAGUUAACUCUGUUUUAAUAAUCAGAAGAAAAUGUAGAUGAGCUUUUUGAAGCCAUAUAGUUCUAACUCUGUACAGUAGAUAACCGGCCUGUAUUAUUGUAACAAUAACUCUAGCGAUGUAUAGUAUAAUCUAUAUAGUUUGGAGUGCCUUUGCUUCCAUGAUGUUUUCAAUUUUGUUUUCACGGAUGUUCAUCCUUUUUCUUUUCCUCUCGUGUCAAAAUCUCUUGGCUUCCCCUCUUUCAGCAGUUCCAGGGUCAGUAGCAUCAUUAAAAGAAACGGCGUUCAUCCCCAGCUUCAUUUGGAACCAUGGCUUUGUCUUAAGUCUUUUAAAAGUCAGCCCCUCUUCUCUUCUCUCCUCUCCUGCCUCCUCCCCAAUAACAGUGACUGGUUUCAUUUUGCAUUUGCUCUCUUGGCACCGAAGUGGCAGGUUGACGUUUUGCUCCGUGCCCGUCGAUUUGUGACGACGAGUUCUCUUAACGGCAGCUUUGAGGAGCCUCCGUUUUUGGAAUCUUGAUUCCAAUUUUAGAGGGAAACUUGGAUUUCGCAAAGACGAGAAUGUAACGAAAGGGGGUAGAACAACCUGUACGCACCCAGCCCUCCCCAGUACUUUGCAGAGAUUAAAAAAAAAUCUUUGCCAAGCAAUUAAUCUGUGCUAUUGAGGGGCUGUAGAGUUACCAUUUUUCCUCCCCCUCCACUCCCCCUCCCCAGAUUGAUGUUUUCUUAAGGAACUUGACCUUAAUUUCUUGUGCCCAACACAAAAGGCCUUGCUGUUAAAACUUGCUCACGUGUGUGUUCUACCUUGUUAGUAUUCCACAUAAAGAGUGUCUACAGUGGCAAAAUGCUGAAUUUUUUUAUCAUACCAAAGGUUGCUGGCUUUUGUUUGGGGUGGGGUGGGAGGGUUGUGUGUGUGUAUGUGUGUGUGUGUGUGUGUUCACACACACACAACCAUCUUGUGUUCAUUCCGGUAAGGCAGAGGCUGCCCUUCUUCAGGUGACGGAGCGGUCCGUGGUAGCAUUUUGUUUCGGACAGUCCACUUGGAAUUUUAAUGUUGUCGACUGCGUUCCAGUGAAGUCCUGUACGGCCUCUUGGUUUCUCAUUUGUCAGCUCUGCAUGUCCUGAAAUGGCAUUAAUUUUGCUCUGCAUCCCUGACUAAAAUGCCAGACGAGACGCUGGUCGUUUUAACUCGGGGACUUAGAAUUCCUUUAGCGAAAAGAGGGGAAAAAAACUAACAUUUUAUUCAACGUAGAAUGCUCUAAACCAAUCUAGCUGAUGCUUGGAUAUAGUUCCUUUUCACCAAUCAACAGAGUAAUGGUGGAUGUCUAAUAAUGAAAUGUUUAUUUGAAAUGUCCCCAGACUAGCGAGAGACAUUCCCCACAGACCUGUCCUCCGUUAGAAAUCUCACCCGCUGGAAGUCAACGCCCAUUAAUGAAAAGCACAGUUCCGUAUCCAACCCAGGACCUACUUCGGUGGAAGCGUCAGAGAGCCUGAGACUUCUCGGCACUUUUUUAACUGGGGCUUUAAUCGAACUUUCCAAUUUCGUUCUUCGUUUUGUGUUAAGGCAGUAAAAGCAAAAUGGAAAGGCAUAUAUUAUAAGGCAAGUACCUAGAAAGUUAGCUCAAGAUAACGUAUCUUCCUUCCUUGUGUUUGUUCGUUCUUUGUUUUUUUUUUUUGUGGGGGGGGAGGGGACAAUUUAUAUAUAUAAGUAACAAUUUAUAUAUAUAAAUAAUAUGCUUGCCUGUACAAAUUUGCGUUUGUUACUAUGUUGCUGAUAGCACUCGGGCCUGCACACACAAUUAGUGUUAUCACUUCCAUUCUAAAAAAAAAGCAGAAAUCUAAAAAAUAUAUAUAUAAUGGACUGUGGGUGGUAUACAAACUAUGGCAUACACUUUGUGCAAAGCUGUCUUGAUUCAAAGAAGCAGAACUUGUAUAACAUUAUUACUACUUGAAUGCCUCUGUGACUGAGUUUUUUUUUUCAUUUUAAAUAUAAACUUUUGUGAAAAGUAUGCUUAAUGUUUUAUUAUUUUUACCUCCUCCCUUCUACUCCUUUGUAAAUACAUUUUGUUCCGUGUGACUUGGUUCGGAAAAUAGUUAACUGGUACUGUAAUUUGCAUUAAAUAAAAAGUAGGUUAGCCUGGACAUGAAAUUUAAAAAAAUACAAAGUGUGUGGUCUUUAUUUCACAACGGUGGCCAUUUUCUGUCCACUGUGUCCUUUGAAAGUCUUUUUCUUCUACUGUUUCCUGUUCACUUUUUUGGUCCAAAAGCACGUACACUGCUCCCAAAAUUGGACUUUUCAACUAAUUGAAAAAAUUCAGGAAAAUAGCAUGUUAAAAAAAAUAGCCUGUAUUAAUUCAUGAUAUUUUCAUAAGUGAAAACAGUUUCCGUCUUUCACCAAAAUGGUUUAUUUGGUGGAGAGAUGCCGGUGUCAUCGUUAAUAAGGACGGCCCGAUUUGCAGAAUCUGCCAGACGGCCUGGCAGAAGUGCAGAGACGUGCAGAAGUGCAGAGACGUUUUCUAAAGUGCUUCCUUUAUUUCCGUCCCUUCUUUUGGUGGUGCUGUGAAGAGUCUGUCGUAACCGCAUCCCGUGGGGGCCUGUUUUUCCAACAAACCUGCACAUCACGAUCUCUGGGCUGGGUUUUCUUUGGGUCCUGAAUAAUGUAUGUAUUUAAAUGUGGUCUCUGUUCACCCGAAACAAAAAUUCUUUUUUGGGGCAAGAUGACUGGCCAGCGCCGUUCUGUUACUCUUCCUAAAAGGCGAGAGGCCAGGUCGUGUGACUACUGCUUCAAUAAAAAAAAUUAUAUUGCAAAAAAA